GGAAACCACAAUUCCCAUGAUGCACUUAAAAUUACCGUGGCCACUGAACGGGGGAAGGGAAGCUGAGAUUGGAGGGAGAAAAUCAGAAACAGUUUGCAGAUACUGUGUACGUAUGACAGCUUCUCCUUACAACUCCAGCCAUACAAGAACUCUAUCCAUGAUACACAUCUCACUGGACACCUACAGUUCUUACUCUGGAUGUGUGCUGCUGUUUCAUGUAGACAUAACACAGCCUUGGUGCAAGUAAAGUAAACUGCAGCUGCACUGGUACCCGUAGGUGUGUACUGGAUUGUCUUGAAUGCCAAAGUAAUGACCUGUCUUGGACAGGGAGAGCCCAGCCCUGAAAAGCAAUGUCAUCAUCCAGCUUUUGUGUACCUCUGAUGGGGCUGAGGAGUGAACCCACUGGCCGAGCAGAUCUGUGGAGGAGAGGAAGGAGGCAGGUCUAUGGGAAACUAGUGUAUUGAUGGAUAGCCAUGUCCUCCAAUCAGCUAUUGUAGAUGGAUCCCUGCACAUUCCUCUCAGUGCUUACACUGAAGCUUAGACUCUGCAGUAACUAAGAAAGCCGGGCUGCCAUCAAAAAUCUCACAAGAUACACAGAAACAGAGAAUAUGAUGUGCACACCGUGGACUUCCAUCACAAGUAACAGUUUUACAAAAUCAUAUUGCCAUCAUUGACUGAAUGUUAAGAUACUUGCAGACAAUACACAUGCACACUACAGAAAUCAUGGUGGUCCUUGCAUCAGCUCAUCAGCUCAUCUCAGUCUGUGACUUCAGAAGUCUUUAGAGGCCAGAAAGGAACGCGCUCGCUAGCCAAUGCACUCAUAUGCAAUGGCAGAAGACAUUGAUGUCACAUCCCAUACCGAGGGACUGAAUGGUUUGUCCCAUGAGUGUAAACUGGAAAUCACCAAUGGACACUCCAACCAUAAGCCUGUCAUUAAUGGAUUAAUUAUUGGUCACAAUGUUAAAGACCACACUAAUGGCAGCGCACCACUCCGAUCCUUGCCGAUUUCAGCACUGAAGCAGAAUGGUCUUCUGCAGACCCUGGCAGCUGGAGGGAACCAGCCUAAGCCUGCAGAGGAAGAUGUGGAGUUGGAAAAGGCCAGACAGGAGUGGGAGGCUCUGGAGAACGUCCAGCCAGCUUUCACUGAAGAUUUGAACCCAACCCCACUCAUCUCCUUCAAUGAAGCUCUGCAGUACUUCCAGACCACAGACCUUGGGGACUUGCUAAAGAACAUCCAGCCAACCAUCCGGCGCACAGGUCUGGCUGCGAUCACACGCUUCCUCUUUGGACCUCCGCGACUGCACAGGGAACUCUUGGAGGAGAGGGAUCUGGUCUUUGCCAUCGCACAGUGUCCAGUGGACAACAGCCAAACAGUCCACAUGCGUGUCCUCCAGACCAUUUAUAAGAGACUAAUUGGCAGCAGGCUGGACUGUCCUCGCUAUGGAGCACACUGGGAAAAUAUUGGCUUUCAGGGUACAGACCCAGCCACUGACCUUCGUGGCACUGGUUUUCUGGGACUGAUGCAUACUCUGUACUUUGUGAUGGACCCGGAGACUCUACCGUUGGCUAGAGACAUCUACAAGCUGUCACAGCACCCUACACAGAACUUUCCAUUCAGUGUGAUGUCAAUCAACAUGACCCGCAUUGCUCUGCAAAUACUCAGAGAGGAAGCCUUGUCUAAGGAGUGCAAUCGACGUCAGCAAGUGGUUGGUGUCCUGAAUGAGUUCUACGUUGCCACAUAUCUGCACCUGUACCAACUGUGGAAGACCCAGCAGAAGACCAUUGUUGACUCUGGCUUUGUGCUAAAAGAAGUGGAGCUGUUUGCCAGAAAGAACCCCAAGCAGAUGCUGCGUCAACUAGAGGUCUUCCUGAAGGAGAGGCAGACAGGUGGAAUCGUCUAUGGGACAUCGCCAGAUCCUCAGGCUCAGCAGUCCUCUCCAAGCCUGGGAGAGCGUGCGGCCAGAGCUGGGACGGAACAGGGAAGCAAGGGAAAGGAGAUGCACUUCACAGGAGUGUGUGAUCUGCCACCAGACUUGGAGGGAGAGGCCAGUCUCAUCUAAGCUAGACUGUGUGUGCAUGUGUGUGAGCAGUCCUGUUUGUGAGUAUAUCUAUGUGAAUGUGUGAGCGGCUUACUUAGAGAGCCAGAAGAAGAACCCCACCAGACCUUGAUUUAGGACCUGCUAUCUGAACCUAUUCAAACACUUCCACUCCCUCCACUAAUGCUGGGUUGCUGCACUUUGAUCAGAUUAAGCUUGGGGGUCUUGAUUUUUUUAUUUUUUUAUUUUUUUUU